AUGGAUAAGAUUAGAGAGAAACUCAGCAACCUGAAACUCGAGGCCGAAAGCUGGCAAGAGAAGUACGAGGAGGUCAAGGAGCAGUUGAAGCAACUGGAGCAGGAAAACACGGAAAAGGAAAACCAGAUCAAGUCGCUCAGAACCAAAAACCAGAAUUUGGAAGACGAAGUGGAAAAAUUGGAAUCCGAGCUUUCAGAACACAAGCAAUUGUCCGAGGACUCGCACAACCUGCGCUCGCACAAUGAGAACUUCACCAAGAAGAACCAGCAGCUCGAGGAAGAGCUUGAGGAGAGCGAUUCCAAGCUCAAGGAAACCACGGACAAGCUGCGUGAGACGGACCUCAAGGCCGAGGGUCUCGAGCGCAAGGUCGUGUCUCUAGAGCAGGAGCGUGACGACUGGGAGAAGAAAUACGAGGAGCUCACCUCCAAGUACGACGAGGCCAAGAAGGAACUCGACGAAAUCGCCGCUUCGCUUGAAAAUUUAUGA